GUAUGACGAAUUAGUACACCGCAGCGGGGUUGUUUGAUCCAAUGAUUCCUAAGAUAUGAAAUAACAACAAGAGUCUGAAGAUGAAUAGUCUUUGGCCUGCUGCACGCAGUUCGUGCUUACAAACUCGGACCACCUUACAAACAUGUAAAACAAUUGAUAGUUUGGUCUCGAGGCUUGCAUAUGGGACUGUACGACCAUAUUCGAAGUCUUCUAUACCUUUCCGGCAGAGGGAGUUGGGUUCAAGGAAAAUCGAAGGUGAAAAUAAUGGCUGGACAGGAAAUUUAGGGUUGCAAUGCUCAAAGAGGUUUUAUGCCUCGAAAAGGAAGGCACCAAAGAUUCCGAGGAGUUCGACGUUAUCUAAUGAAUUACCUCCAAAGAGUGCAUCAUUAAAGGCUGCAGGCCCCAAGGUUGCGCCUGGAAAGACGAUAUAUACGAAAUAUGGGCAAUUACCAGCGGACUACGAAGAUCAAAUGGGUCUUGAUUAUCGACAAGAUCCAAUAACAGAGGAGGAAAACCAAGCAAUUUUUGGACAUGUGAUGGAUGGAGAUUCGGCGGAACGAUUUUUGAGAGUUAUACAUGGGCGAAGAGUAGCGGGAACACUGCCAGAUCCGGAUGAGCCUAGUUCUUUAGCAUACUGGGAGGAAGUUGCACAAAAGAGCGCAUUAGCAUGGCUAAGGAAGAAUAUUCCUGUUGAUGAGGAUGAGAACGCAGCACUAAGAGCCGAACAGGAACUGGCCGAGAUUGAGGGGGGUAUUGUUGAAGACCCCAAGAAAAUUGGUAUAUAUGUACCGAAUGUUGGAGGUCUAACGAGGGGAGGAAAAAUCAAUGUCAAUCUGUAUAAGUCAAAAGAUUCGAAAGAGCGAGCACAAGAGACCAAAAGUGUAUAUGGUGACAGUGGAUUAGAUGCCAUUAGAAAAGCCAAUGAGGCAAAAUUCGCCGCUCAAGAGAGGAAAAGACAGGAAGAGUUGAGUCAAGCAGAUGAGGCCCCACAAAAUACAGGCACAUUGGAUCACGUCAAACCACGAUCACGAGUAGAACUUCGUCGAAAAGGUGAAAAUCCGUGGCUCAAAUAUUACGAAAAAAAGGCUCAAGAAACUGCGCCUGAGGUCGUUCCUGAAUUGUCUGCCUUUACUCGUCUUUGGCCAUCCACUUUAGCUCUCCUUUUAACAAUUGGAGUCUCGUGUACUUUGGCACAUUUCUACAUACCUCCCCAAAGAGCCGCUCGCAUGUUUCCAGAAAUUCCACCUGCAGUAGCCACAAUCUCUGCACUCUUCGUAGCUAAUGCCGUGGUGCUUUUCCUUUGGCGUGUUCCACCUGCUUGGCAAUUGCUCAACAAAUACUUUAUUAUUAUCCCUGCCUACCCUCGAGGAUUAUCAAUGAUUGGAUCCGUCUUCUCUCAUCAAGCCUUCUCUCAUUUCAUUCCAAAUAUGGUCUUGCUUGCCAUCUUCGGAGUCCAGCUCCACGACGAAAUCGGCCGUGCUAAUUUCCUCGCCCUCUAUUUCUCCAUGGGUGCAAUAUCUUCCUUCGCUUCAUUAGCAUGGUGGGUGUGGAAGCGCGCUUUUAUUUCGUCAACUCUAGGUGCUUCGGGUGCAGUCUGUGGUGUCAUGGCAGCCUUUUUGUGGAAUCAGAGGGAUAAUGGUGUUAGCAUUUUUGGGGUAAUCCCCAAGGUUCCUUCAUGGUUAGUGCUAGGACUCCUUUUUGGACUGGAAAUCUUCUCGUGGAGGAGAGUGAGCAGGCUUGGUGGGAAACAGAUCCGCGAUCAUCAAGCGCAUUUGUCCGGGUAUACAGCGGGUGUUGCGGGAGUUGAGGUCAUGAGAUGGAGGGAGAGAGUUAGGAAGAGGCAGGCAGAGGAGAGGAGUAGAAAUAUUGAGGGGCUGAUGAAGCGAGAGGUUGAAUUGUAAUUGUAUAUAUUGCUUGAGAAACUUGCCUUGGAGGAAUACAUAGGAGGGAAGUAUUACCUAGUCAACGGAAAAUGUGUGUAAAACUCUCUCCAACACCAUCUCAGCUCGCGGCUAAUCCACACAUUCCCAUCCCAUAUUCCUCAAAAGCCUUGCAAGCCCCAAUAACAAACAAUUUGUAACUCAAUCACAGAAACGAAGACCGGGAAUAUGAAAUGUACAAACCCGAAGGAGAUGCUUGGGCAACUGAACAGGGGUACUGCAAAUGGUGAACUAUUCCUAAAAGAGGUAUGUGGGUCAAUGACUAAUCUUCCCGUUGACUUUUGACGUCGAAAAAGGGAGAGCACAGGAAAGAGGAAAGGAAUAGGAAAGGAACGCAUAGGGUGUUUGUUUCAUAAGUGGUACUGUUUAAGAUGCCAGGUGCAGGCGCAGGCGCAAAUGUGGUAACGAGAGUGAUGAGAGUAAUUCAAGCUAUAAUAAAUGGAAGGGUUGACGGAAGGAAUAUCUUGACGGGAAGGAGAGAGAAACAACAUCAUUCAUUUCGAGUGAUGUCUUCUAUGGAAGCUUUUCUGAUAUCAGAAGUCUUCGUUCGUUAAUCCGGUUGGUUGUUCUUUUAAUUAGAUACCGAAUUUAUGUGAUGAAAAUUUCGUUUGUAGGG